AACUGCUGCCCACCUGAAAAGAGUAAGCACUCAUUUCUUCCUGUGUCCCUUUCACCCAGUCAUCUCUGCAACGUCUUUCCCUUUCCACCAUGUGGUUUCCCAUUCUCCAUUCUAUUCCUUCUCUGAUUCUCCAAGCUCCACCUACAUUCUAAAGGUAACUGCAAUGACUGUUGCUAUGGACAGAACCAUCCCUUUCAUUGAUGGUCUCACAAACAACAACCUUCUCAUCUUUCUGCUCUGCUCUCAACUGGGAAGCUUUUGGGGCUGGGAUAAGAAGCCAAAGCAGGAUGCUCUGGAGGUUGCUUUCCCAGUCAGAGAAAAUAACUAACCACCACACAUGGCAACUGGUGCUGAUCUCGUUGAAUAUUUUAAGUGAGACUGCAGGUCAGAAACCACCACAAGGCUUUAUGUAUGCCUCUUACGAGGUUACCAUCCCAAGAAAACUAGUCCCUAGGUAUGGACAAGAACGUCAUGAUGUCACCUACCUACUGCAGAUUGAGGGGAAAGGCCAUGUAGUGCAUCUCAAGCAGAAGAGGAGCUUUGUCCCUAAACAGUUCCCUGUCUUCACUUACAGUAAGGAGGGAGACCUCCGGGUGGACUAUCCUUUCAUCAGAGAUGACUGCUUCUACCGUGGCUUUGUACAAGACCAGCCUUCCUCAUGGGUCACCCUCAGCACUUGUUCAGGGGGCCUUAGGGGUCUGCUGCAUUUAGAAAAUGACACCUAUGAAAUUCAGCCUGUGCAGAGAUCUGCUACUUCUCAACAUGUGAUGUAUCGGUUGGAAGAAAUAGAGGGUGCCACACGCAUGACUUGUGGGUUAACAGAAGAAGAGCAAAGGCAUCAUGAGGCCAUGAUCCAAAAACCAAAGAAUAUAGUGGCUAAGGGUGCUCCAGAAGGAGGUUGGUGGACACACACCCGUUAUGCAGAGGUUGCAAUUGUUGUGGAUUACGAAAGAUAUGUGAGAAUUGAUAAAAAUGAAACUGUUGCUGCUAUGGGAGUUCUAGAUGUUAUUCAUGUUGCUAAUUCAUUAUAUGAGCCACUUGGUGUCGUUGUGACUCUUGUUGGAUUGGAGAUUUGGUCAGAAAAGAACCUCAUUGUGAUUGAUAACAACAUUAAAACCCUGCUUUCCAAUUUCAAUGACUGGAGAACAAACACCCUAAAUAAACAUCUAGAGAAUGAUGCUGCUCAUUUAUUUGUAUAUAAGAGUUUUGGACGUACACGAGGAUUAUCAUAUUUAGGAACAAUCUGUUGGACUGAUCGGGCAUGUGGUGUUGAAUCAUAUGUUGGCUAUAGUUUGUCUGAUUUUUCUAAUACAUUUACUCAUGAAUUAGGGCAUAACCUUGGCAUGCAACAUGAUUCAAAAUACUGUACUUGUGAACGAAGUAAGUGCAUUAUGGCUGCAGCUCAGGCAAACACUGAUAAGUUUAGCAACUGCAGUUAUCAGAAUUAUUUUGAGCUAAGGAACACUCCAUGUUUGUUAAUUCCGCCAGAGCCUGAUAAAAUGUAUAAACUCAAGCACUGUGGUAACAAAGUAGUGGAAGAUGGAGAGCAAUGUGACUGUGGUUCACCAGAUCAAUGCAAGUUGGAUCCAUGUUGCCAGUCUAAUUGCAUGCUGCGCCCAGGUGCCACUUGUGCUUUUGGACGGUGUUGUGCUGAGUGUCAGUAUCUUCCAGCUCAUUAUGUCUGCAGACAAGAGGUUAGCAGCUGUGAUCUUCCCGAGUACUGCAAUGGGACUUCAGAAUGGUGUCCUGAAGAUGUUUAUGUACAAGAUGGCUCCCCGUGUAGUGAUGGUGUAUACUGCUAUCAUGGAAACUGCACAACUCACAGUGAGCAGUGCAAAAUGAUCUUUGGCAUGGAAGCAACAGCUGCUUCAAAGGCUUGCUUCAAUAAACUGAAUGGUCGAGGGGAUCGCUUUGGCAACUGCGGCCUUAGACAUGGAACUUAUAAGAAAUGUAAUACUACGAAUCUCCUGUGUGGUCGAAUCCAGUGUGAUAAUAUUGAUGAAUUACCUUCUUUAGAGCAGCACAACACUAUAAUUCAAACACAGUCUGGAGAUAUACAAUGCUGGGGUACUGACUACCACAGUGGGAUGGAAAUACUCGAUAUUGGCGCAGUGAGAGAUGGGACUCCUUGUGGCACUGACAUGAUGUGCAUUAAUAGGCAGUGCAAGAGUGUAACCCUCUUGAACUAUGAUUGUAAUUUCAAAAAGUGCCACUAUAGGGGUAUAUGCAACACUUACAAACACUGUCAUUGUGAUUAUGGCUGGGCUCCUCCUUACUGUCAAAAAAAAGGCUAUGGUGGCAGCAUUGAUAGUGGACCUCCUCCACCACAGAAUAUUUUUAGCCCUAAUUCCAGCACAGCAGCAAUUACAGGAGUAAUUAUAUUUGUUUUUUGUGUUCUUGUUCUGGGCAUUUAUUUCAGGAAGCACUUGAGAGAAAUGAUUGUUAGAUUGAGAGAAAGAAAGCAUGGGCAAGAUAUUCAAAAAGAAGAAAGUCCAGACUAAAUCACAGAAUUGAACAAUGCAUUGAAUGGGCCAAACAGAUGUGCAUGAAAUAAUGGACCAUAUCAUGCAGAAUGCGGCACCAUAGUUAAUGCACUUAUUGGCAAUGAGAACUUCUGGUGAACAGACUACCACAGUGGAAGGGUAUAUCUGAUACUGGAGCAGGGAGAGAUGGGACUCCUUGUGGCAAGAACAUGAUGUGUAUUAAUGGGGAGUGCAAGAGGGUGGUCCCUCUUGAGGAAUGAUUGUAAUGUCACAAAGUGCCAUUAUAGCGGAAUAUGCAACAACUACCAACAUUGUCAUUGUGUUUCUGGCUGCUGAGCCCCUCCUGACUGUCUAAACCUGAUAUUGGAGCAGUGAGAGAUGGGACUCCUUAUGGCAAGAGCAUGGUGUAUAUUAAGGGGAAUGCUAGAAUGUGCCCUUCUAGAAGUAUGAAUUACAAAGUGCUGUCAUAGAGAAACAUGCAGUACACACAAAAAUUGUCAUUGGGAUUAUGGCUGGUCCUCUUCAAACUGUGUAGAUGAAGGCUAUGGUGGGAGCAUUGACAGUGGCCCUCUUCCACCAAACUAGGACACUGUCAUUGCAGCAACUGCUGGAGGAAUUGAAUUUGUUAUUAGU